AUGACCGAAGAAACACCCUUGCGGGCGGACCGUGCAGGCAUCUAUGGAGAGGUUUUUAAGAUCGACGGCAAAGAGGUGGUUUUAAUGGGCGGAAAUUAUGUGGUGAAGGCAGCGCCAUACUUCCCACCCUUGGACAUUGUUCAGAAGAAUGCCAAGGCCAUGGCACAAGGAGCCAAGGCGAUGGCCUAUACUCCCCCACCCACAGCGGACGGUACUCCAAGACCAGUGGUACCAUGCGUGCGUUUGGGAGUCUUGAUGGAAGCUGCAAUACCAAAGAGAGGCACUGACAUCGAUCCCAGCUAUGCAUCCAAGCUCGAGGCUGUCAUCCGAGCCUUCAAAGAUGAGGGCGUCUAUGUUUUUCUGGAUAUGCACCAAGAUGCCGCAGCCACCACUAAUGGAGGUGAAGGCUACCCAUACUGGGUCAUGGAAGAUUUUCAAAACCGAGCAGGCUGCUGCUGUGAGCAGUGCUGCUGUUGCUGUUGCUUUGCGGGCACAUGGUCUUCCUGCCCAGAGACAUGUCGCACAUCUUACCUGGUGAACCCAAACCAUCCUUUGAAGUGCUUCUUGGGUUGCAAUUGGCUGGCAGACCUGUGCUGUUGCCUGGGGAUUCACACUUACAGUGGAGAUCCAGAUCCUUGGAAACCCUAUGCUGUUGGAGGGGAAGGCAACCCUGCCUUGAUGAAUGUUGGAAAUGCAAGCAUCCGAAUGAACAAUACGGACAACAAAUGGGGUUCACUGAUCACCUCAGCACAAGUCCAAAAUUUAGUACCUCGGCUCUACAACUCUGCAAACAAUGCCGCAGACAGGGCCGUGUUUUUUUGA